GAAAAAGCUUUACGUUAAAGGAGCUCUGAUAUACCAUACCAUGCCAUGCCAUGCCAUGCCAUAGCCAUGAUUGUCACCUCAGUACCUCUUCUUCCGCCUGGACCAAAAGGUCUUUUCUAGGCGAAAAACAUAAAAAAGCAAUUAAAAGUACAUUUAAAACGCUUUAGUUCGCAUAUAAGUUGAGUUACGCUUUGCCGUAACCAUUAAUUAGGCGUCAAAAUUGCAUCCGCUUAAGCAGAGUUAAAAGACUUUUUCAACAAUUAAAGCCACGCAUGGAGCUCAUGGCAACAGAAACUGACAAUAGCCAAACCCAAAAUAAAUAAAUAAGACCCACCUUGAGCAGCACAGAAAUAAAACGGCCCCAAUUGCAGCCUCCAGUUCCAGGUAACACCACGAACCAUAACUGAACCACAAAAAAGGCAGGUUUCCAUUGUGUCAGUUCGCCUACAAUUGGACUUCACAUCUCACUCACGUCUGAUUAUCUGCAAUUUCAUUUCGAAAGUAACAACUAAGCCAAAGCAAGAUAAAAACAAAAAGAAAAGUAACUACCACUUAGCACUAACAAUAGUAACAACCAAAAGCUACCUCAUUACCCGCAGCAGCCGAGCAUCCGAGCAGCCGACGUUAAUCAACACUGUUAUCGACUUAUCGUCAUUGUCUGUCCCACAUCGGAGAGCGAAAUGAAUGAUGCUGUUGCCCCUGGCCAAGGUACGACAGCCUUGAACUCCAUGCAGACAGCACCUAAGGAAGUGCAGAUCAGCAUGGGGAACGAGAAAGCUAAUGUCAAUGAGAAAAGCAGCCGUCGCGCCUGGCUUUUGCUGGGUCUCUUGGUUCCACUUCUAUCCGCGAUUACGGCUGUGGUUUGGUAUUACGAGGGGACCUGGUACGGACUGGCUGCCCUCUAUAGCAGCUUGGUUGUGGUGCUGUUGGUGAAGCCAGGCUGGCGCUGGUUUUACAUAGCGGCAGUGACUGGACCACGCGAUACCAUCGCUCUCAUUGCGUAUAUACGCGUUUUGCUGUUUAUCAAGCGGCUGGAGCGGAAGAACCUCAAUGUGGGCGACGUCUUCGAGGCGAAUGUGGCUAAGCAGCCGGACAAGCUGGCCAUUGUCAGCGAGUCGCAGAAGUGGACAUUCCGACAGCUAAACGAGCAGGCGAAUCGCGUGGCCAAUGUAUUCCACAGUCAUGGCUAUAAGAAGGGCGAUGUAGUCGGCCUGCUGCUGGAGAAUCGCCCCGAAUUCGUGGCCACUUGGCUGGGCCUCUCCAAGAUUGGCGUUAUCACGCCCCUAAUUAAUACGAAUCUGCGCGGCGCUUCGCUGCAGCACAGCAUCAAAGUAGGCAACUGCACGGCGCUCAUCUAUGGCAUUAGCUACCGAUUGGCGGUCAUGGAUAUUGCCAAGGAUCUACCCGCCCACGUGGCGCUCUAUCAGUUCAACGAUGAGCCCAAUGUGUCUGAAGGCGCGGAAGGUCUUACCCAGGGCUUGGCGCAGCAGCUGAACGCCCUGUUGGAGACGGUGCCAAAGGAUAAGGUAGCCGCCGGUGCAAGUCGAACCGAUCAUCAGGAUAAGCUGGUGUAUAUCUACACAUCGGGUACUACCGGACUACCAAAGGCAGCUGUCAUUACGCAUUCGCGUUAUUUCUUUAUAGCCGCUGGCAUACACUACACCUUGGGCUUCCGGGACACGGAUGUGUUCUAUACCCCGCUGCCGCUUUACCACACAGCUGGUGGCAUUAUGAGCAUGGGUCAAGCGCUGCUCUUUGGGUCCACCGUGGUCAUACGCAAGAAAUUCAGUGCCUCGGGCUACUUUGCCGACUGCGCCCGCUUCAAGUGCACGGUUGGCCAGUAUAUUGGCGAGAUGGCCCGCUAUGUGCUAGCUACGCCGGAGGCUCCACAUGAUCGUCAGCAUCAGGUGCGCAUGGUCUUUGGCAACGGACUGCGUCCACAGAUAUGGAAGCAGUUUGUCGACCGCUUCAACAUAGCCAAAGUGGGCGAGUUCUAUGGCGCCACCGAGGGCAAUGCGAACAUCAUGAACAACGACAGCACAAUGGGUGCCAUUGGCUUCAUUUCUCGCAUAUUGCCACAGAUCUACCCCAUCUCCAUAAUCCGCGCUGAUCCGCACACUGGCGAGCCCAUCCGCAACGAGAAGGGUCUCUGUCAGCUAUGUGCUCCGCACGAGCCGGGCGUCUUCAUAGGCAAAAUUGUUAAGGGCAAUCCCACCCGCGAGUUUCUGGGCUAUGUGGAUACCAAGGCCUCCUCCAAGAAGGUCGUCUAUGAUGUAUUCUGCAAAGGCGACAAGGCGUUCAUAUCUGGCGAUCUGCUGGUGGCCGAUGAACGUGGCUAUUUGUACUUCAAGGAUCGCACGGGUGACACGUUUCGCUGGAAGGGUGAGAAUGUCUCCACCAGCGAGGUGGAGGCACAGCUCAGCAAUCUGGUUAACUACAAGGACACCAUUGUCUACGGAGUGUGCAUACCCCAGACAGAGGGACGCGCCGGCAUGGCAGCCAUCUAUGAUCCCAUCCGGGAGGUGGAUGUUUCCAGGCUGGGCACAAUCCUCGCCAGCGACAUGCCCAGCUAUGCGCGCCCACAAUUUCUGCGCUUCUUGCGGCGCGUCGAUCUAACAGGCACGUUCAAGCUGCGCAAAGUGGAGCUGCAGCAGCAAGGCUAUAAUCCAGCCAUAAUCGAAGACGAGCUCUACUACGCACAGCCCGAUGGCAGCUAUGCUCCACUAACGCAGUCCAUUUUCGAGCAAAUCCAACGCAACGAGCUGCGCUUUUAAAGCAACGGCAGCAACAGCU